AUGAGGCCUGAUCAAUUGCAUGUUGCACAACAAAUUAGGCGUGACAAAUUAAGGAUCCAGAAUCAAGAGUUUCCUCACAAUAACAACAACAACAACAUAGAACAGUUAUUAUCAUUACACCAAGUACCACAACAAGGAUUCAACAUGGAUCUUCAUCAUCAACUAAGAAAUUCCAACAACAAGAACAUGCUUGAUGAUGAUGAUGAUGGUGAUGGUGAAGCUGGUCUUUAUUCAUCUGAUCAAAUGAUGAACAGUUUUUCAACUCCGUCGAAUUCGUUACACAGAAACCCUUUGGAGUACUGUUAUGAGGCUGCUGAACCAAGUAAUAAUAAUAAUAGGUUGAGUUAUUAUUAUGCAAAUGAAACAAAUCAGAAUGUUUUUUUGCCUUCUGAGAUUAACCAUAGUGAUACUACUACUUCAGAAGUUGCUUCCUUAAUGCAUCAUGGUGUUUGGGGAGGUGGGAAUAGUCAUAACCUGUUCCAUGAAAAUCAAGCUAGUUUGUGGACAAAUAGAGGUGUUACUGUUGACGACGACGACAACAACAACAACAUGGGUUUAUCUUUCUUUAAUGAUUGUAAUAAUCCUCAAGCUCAAGGUUUAUCUCUCUCACUUUCAUCAAAUUCUUCUCAAUCUAAACCUUCACCUUCUGCUUCAAAUUUUGAACAAGGAUCUUUCAUAAAUGUUGUGAAACCAAUAGGAAUCUCUUCAAGCAGUACUUCUACGAGUAGUGGUUUCAGGAAUAUUGGUCCUCUUGGACCCUUUACUGGAUACGCAACAAUAUUGAAAAGUUCAAGGUUUUUGAAACCUUGUCAACAGUUGUUAGAGGAAUGUUGCUGUGAAUCUGGUGCAAACAUUGGAAAACCGUGUGAAAAUGUUCCAAAAUGGGUUUCUCGAGAUGUUGUUAAUGUUGAAGAUGAUGAAACUGGAAAAGGUAGUAGUAGUUCAGGUGGUUCAUGCUCUAUGUUUUAUGGUUCAAAAGAGAAAGAGAAUAGUGUUGCUGCUGCUGCUGAUGGAGGAGGAGUUGGGAAUAGUUUUUGUCUUUCAUCUUCUUCUCGACCUGAGUGCCAAAAGAAUAAGGCUCAACUACUGUUCAUGCAACAAGAGGUUACAAGAAGAUACAAGCAAUACCAUCAACAAAUGCAAAUGGUGGUUUCAUCAUUUGAGUCGGUAGCAGGUCUAAGUUCAGCUACACCAUACAUUUCAAUGGCUCUCAAGUCACUAUCAAGACACUUCAGAUGCCUUAAAAAUGGUAUCACAGAACAACUCAAGCGUACAUGUCAAGUAUUGGGAGAGGACUGUUCAAUACUACCACCAACCACCACAUGUAGUAGUACUAAAAUUGACAGUAGUAAUAUGACAAGGCUAAGAUUCAUGAAUCAUAGCUUACACAAGAACAGUAAUAUUGACUUUGUUGAACCUCAACAACAUGUUUGGAGACCACAGAGAGGCUUACCUGAAAGAUCAGUGGCCAUUCUUAAAGCUUGGUUGUUUGAGCAUUUUCUUCAUCCGUACCCUACAGAUACAGAUAAACACAUGUUGGCUACACAAACAGGUCUAUCAAGAAACCAGGUAUCAAAUUGGUUCAUAAAUGCUCGAGUUCGUGUAUGGAAACCGAUGGUUGAGGAAAUACACAUGCUUGAGUCAAAAGGCACAACAGAAGGACAGAAUCAGAACAACAACAAAACCGAACCCUGCAGAGUUGGAACACAUGAAAGGAAAUUCCAGUGUCUGGAAAUGGGGUCAUCGUCUUCAGGCAUUCACAAUGUUGAAGAGCAAUGGAAUAAUAGUAUUCAAGAGAAGAGAUCUAAAAUGGAAAAUGAGAUUGCACCAAACAUGGAUAUGGGUUUUUUGCCUUAUCAUAAUGGAUCUGUGUCACUGACUUUGGGUCUUAGACAUGGAGUUGAAAAUGUACAACAGCAACAGUUGCAGCAGGAGGUAGAGCUUAGACACCAAUAUGGAGGACACAUGAUCCAUGAUUUUGUGGGUUGA